AUGAAGCAUCGAGCGGGAGCCCCCGACCUGGAAUGGCUGCAUCCGGAGAACUUCUGCAACGAGCAGCUGUACUGCGAGACGCCCCAUCACCCCGACGACGUCCUUUAUGAAGGUUCCGAUGAUGAGACCUACACGAAUUCCGAAGAGAGGCGUGCUCGCUACGCAGACCAGGCUCGGCGCUUUCUUAAGGGCCAACCGGUGUUUUUGCUCUCUGCUUCCUUGCGCGGGCCGUUUGAUCAGGAAUCCGGCUGGGUCAAUCCGUGGCGGUCUAAAUCGGGAGAGUCGAGGAGCAAACUUACAACGGGAACAAAGCCACCGGUACCAGAGCGAGUCGUAGUUCAAGUCGAAGCGAAUGGCAUUUCCGAAUCGAGUAGUCCCUGCGAAGAAAGGGAGAUUGCCGAGACCCAACUUACCCUGCCUCGAACUACCUACGAACCUCCGUUAUACCUCGACGACGACGCCCUCUAUCGGGUACAACAUUGGCGAGACCGAGUUGUCGCGGAAAGUGAUGCUCAGGCGGGUUCGGGCCGGGGUUCAUCGCAGUCUGCGUCCAAUUCGGUGGAUUCGAGGAAGGCCACACAGCAUACAACCAACAGGACACCGUCUGGUUCGAGGCCAGUUGCUGUGAAUAACAGCCAGGAAGUUUCUUCUCUCAACACGCCGGGCGUGGUGGAUCAAAUGCGGCAGCGGAUAGAUGCGCAGCGGAGCCAGGACCAUAACAGCUCCGAGUUAUCACCACCUCCCAGUGACCUAGAGGAUCCACACGCCCUCUCUCCGCAUGCCGUCCGCAUCUACGGGCAGCUCGCCCUCUCAGCGCAGAUCGACGCUGUAGAUACUACGAGUUUCGAGAACACGCCGGUAGAAACCCCCAGCCGAAGGAGGACCAUCUUUGAGGAACGGUUUCAGGAAGAAGAAAACGUCACCCCAGCGCCUGCUCUUGCGCUUGAAGCCGUAUCGUCCGCGCUCGUCAAGACGGAGGCAAGCGAGAGAGCCGACGGGAGCUUCUGUUACCAAACAAAGGGCGUCGGACGGAAGGGGGCUGCUCGGCGCAAGAGCAAGCUUGUUGGCUCUCCGAAAGCGCCGACCGAAGCGACGGACAGCGGGGAGCCCGAACCUCAGGCCCCCCCAGAGCGAGCGGGUGGUGAUGUUCUUGGAUUGGGUCCCAACGUAGGAACUGUUGCCGACAAGCCGUUCAUUAAAACUGAAGAUGUUCCGGACGACGAAGCUGCGACGGCAACGCCACAUCCGGCUACCAAUCCACAGCCCGAGUCCGAAAGCGCGGCGACAUCGAAUAGCGGCACUUCUGAACAAUGCCAAGUCCAGAUCAAAGUCGAAUUCGAUGACAGCACGCAAUCGUCGUUGCCAAUUGAUGGCCCCACGCUGGUCCCCUCGCAGUCGCCCUCCCACUCAGAUUACGACAGCGUGCCCAGCUUCGGGCACUUCUCGGUUGAGAAGCACUCGCAGGAAAUGAUCUCGGAUACGAUCGAUUUCCCCAGAAGGUUGCUGUGGCCCAAGUCGCGACGUAGUCAAGACCAAAGCCCAGCUACACUGUUUGGUCGAGAACGACUGCACACCCCGGCAUCGCUUCGGUCUGGGCCCAGCACGCGCGACUCUCGCGCAGCCUCGUCUGAUUACUCUCCAGUACCGGAAGCGACUGUACAUGAGUCCGCAAGUAAUAAUGAAACUGGGGUUCAGACAGAACAAAGGGAUGGCCAUGUCAAUGAGGCUGUGUCUGAGAUGGAAGCUGGGCCAGCCAGCGCGCCAACAACGGAUAUCAAAACAGAAGACCAGAUCGUUCAGGAGGAUAUGCAAGAGCCGGGACUCCCGCAAGUGGAACUGCAUCCUGCGUCUGAUGAAGAAGGUGACGCAAUGAACUCACAACCUCCAGCCUCUUGCCCGCAGCCACAGACCCAAAGCCCGUGGGUACAAGAUGAUAGGCCAGUGCGUCCCAACUCACAAGGCGACCACCAUCAUUCUCAUCAUUCUCAUCAUCAUCAUCAUCAUCAUCAUCACCAUCACCCUCAUCUUCAAUCAUCUCCAAAACCAAUCCAGAGUCCCUGGGUCAAAAUGGUGGAUGUCGUGCCUGACGUCUCAGGUACUGUGGCACAGCUUCCCAACUCGUCGUCUCACUCGCACCCCGCCGCUGCGACACCCUCCCUCACGUCUGCCCAGAACCUUCAAACAACGACGAUGUUACAAAGCCCCUGGGCUCGAGGCGAUUUGCAGAUGCAGCUCCCGGACGUCCGGCUGUUUAACCCCCUCUCUUCACCUGCCAACACUCACGUGUUACCGGCGACUGACCCCUCGCUGCCACGCUCUCCCGUGCUACCCACCCUCAGAGAUGGUAGCAACAACAACGAUGCAGAGGUGGCUAAUUCCCAGCUAUAUCCCCUCCCUCCCUCCACGCCAGAAACCAAGCAAUCUAGUCUCCCGACUCCAGAUGUCACUCUCUCCGUGAAAUCCUUCAAGAACUUCAUGACGCCCUCCCCACAACGACCCCCGGCGGCCAAACGCCGUCGCAUCUUGACCGACGCAGAUGGCGCUCUCCCAAGCACCCAGGCCCUAGUCGAUGCCGCCAUCUCCAACCCCUGGAUCCGGCCGCCCACCGAGGCCAGGCCACCAAAACGGCAACGAUCACAACACAGACAGUCAUCCCAAGCUGCACGCCCACGCAAGCGCGUCUCUUGGGGUCCCCUUCCCGGCGAGGAAGACAACGAAGACGAGGGGAACCAAACUCCCGACGACCCAGAGCCCAUACCCGCACCCGCACCCACAUCCACAACCAACCCUCCCUCCUCCUUCUCCUCCUCGUCAAGAAAACGCAAACUCAACCCCUCCACCCCGCAUUCUCACGCUCACGCUCAUGAUCAUCCACGACGAGCCCGCCCAACCUCCCCACCGCCCAGCAUCCUCUCCAGCUCUAGCCUCCCUAGCACCAACCAAAAAUUCGGCAAGCACUUCGCUGCCGUCGCCGGGCGGAGAGUGGGUUCCACGCCUCUCUUACAGAGGACGCCUGCUGCCGCGACGGCUGAGAUGUUGAUGAGACGGGGGGUUGUAGCCAGCAAGAGUUUACUACCGAGCGGCUCGCAGCAGACGUGUGGGAGCCCGGCUGUGGACGCGAUGGCGGAGGCGUUUUUGAGGGCGGAGCGGGUUGGUGGAGGGGGGGAUGGGGAUGAGAAUGCGAGUGAGGGGGUCUCUGCUUCUGCGUUGGGUGUUUUGGGAACGGAAACUGGAGGAGGAGGGGAGCAAGCCGUUACCGAUAACGAGAGAGGAGGACAAGGCGAUCACGAAGAGGGAUAUGACGAUGACGACGAGCAGGAGGAGGGCAACAACACCCAGGAUGAGGACGAAGGAACCACCGAACCCGAACCCGAACCCGAAGCCAUCGACGAAGUCAGCGCAGUCAUGGAAAAUCUCGACGAUUUCCUUGGCGGGAACUGGGACUUGGACGCUGAUCUAGCCCAGGCAAAGGCCGAGCAGGGUCGGAAUCAGAAUCAGGCACAGGCUGGUAGCAGCAGUCAAGGGGGUGGUGGGUUGUCCGGGCUGAUGGAUGUUGGGGUUUGGGAUUGA